UGUUUCAUUUUUGUGACAGAUUAUGUCACAGUUCCCAUAUUGUCAGAAGAAGAAGAGACACUUAACCUUAUAUUUCUAAAUUUUUUCAGUUUUAAAAUUUCAAUGUGAAAAUGGCAAUGUUAACACGGUUGUUCACUGGAAUAAUCAAACAUUCUGUCACGAAUUCCCGAUUUUUGUCAACACAAAAUGUAACUAAUGUUGUUUCAAUUCUACCACAAAUAGCCGUUUCCAACAAUUGGAUUUACAAGGAAAAUGAUAAAGUACAAACGCCUUUGACUAACAUUAAAAUAGAUAUCCCUAAGGGGUUCAAUUACAUCCCUUCAAUAAUUGAACCUCUCCAAAAUCUUCACAUAGAGGCACCAUCAACCAGUGACAGUGACAUUACAAAACAUGCAGAACGGCUUAUAGUUAUUAGGAGAAAGAAAAUGAAGAAGCAUAAGCUGAGGAAACUAAGGAAACGAAUGAAGUUUGAGUGGGCAAAGUUGAGACAAAAGCGGGAAUUGAAAAAGGAAAAAGAAUUUCAAGCAAUUUUAAUGCAAAAGUGUAAAGAAGCAGAAGCAUUCUCUGCUGAAAAAUAUGUGGAAGAAAAGCUUAACAAACUAAAUGAGAUUGUUAUUCCAAGAUAUUGGAAGGGCAGAAGGUUGCCUGAAUUUAUUAUUAGAGAGAAAAUGGGAUUACCACCAAAAUAAUUUGUUAUGUGUUAUAAAUAUAAAUAAAUACAAUUUUAUUAGA